AUGGAGUGGCCCGCCGCAGACAAUGCGCCUGCUCUCGCGAAAGCGGUCAAGGCAUUCUUUGAUUCGCCCGGCCAGGAGCCAAGCGCGCAGUCGCUCGAGCGCCUGCUUCCUCGGCUCCAAGCCGUCCGGAGAGGCGAUCAGCCCGAACUGUGGGACAAGCUAAUCGAGUCGUUGGCCGACGCCUGCCGCGACCCAACAUGGCGCGAGCCCAUCGAGCGCGCCGGCCUUCUGAAGUACUGUCUGGAAAGCCUCGACGCCGCCGAGCUCCCGGUCGAUUCGUCCAAGCAGCUGCUGCGCGCAAUCGGCAACGGCGUUGCGGACCGCGAUGAGUCGAGGGCGGUCGUGCUUCCCUUUCUGGACAAGAUCAUGAGCUGCCUGCAGAACCCAGCCCUUCUGCCCGUUGCUAUCAGCGUCCUCUACAACACAUGCCUCGGAUACGACCCUGCUCAAAAGGAGGCGGCAGGCCUGCGGCUCGACCGCCAGCUGUGCCGUCACCUGUCCGACGACCCGCCAAACGUUUCCCAGCUCAUAGAGCUUCUCGCCUGGGUCUCCGACAAGCUCUCAGACGACGUCCUUGGCGAGUCUGAAGACUGCCUGAACGCCACCAUCCAGUAUCUCUCCUCCUGCGAGGAAUGGGAAGACUUCAAGCACCUCAUCGCCGCAGCCUCCGUCUACCUGCAAGACAGCAGCGUCCAAGCCAAGGUCCUGCACUCCGACGGCAUGUCCCAAAUCACCACGCUCCUCAAGCAAAAGACCGACCAGCUCGACCAGCUGCAGGCAUCCAUGCGCGACGACGAGAAGAAAGGCUUCCUCGAAGACCUGCGCAUCGCCACCGGCCUCGUCAUGAACGCCAUUGCCGCCAUCACCGCCUCGGACGACUUCACCCGCCUCUACACCCUCUCCUCGCCGCUGAUCCGCGAGCAAGGCGCCUGGCUCUCCUCGCCCAGCCCCAUCCUGCGCACCUGCGCCUGCAUCACGCUCGGCAACAUCGCCGUCUCGGACGCCGUCAACAUCGACAUGGUCCACGAGCACUCGCACCACCUGCCCACGCUGCGCAUCCUCGCCACCUCCACUGACCGCACCGAGCUCUACCUCGCCGCCGGCUUCCUGCGCCACCUCGCCCAGCCCGCCGCCAACGUCGAGCCCGUCACGGCGGCCCAACCGCUGCCGACGCUCGCCGCGCUGCUCGACCGCAAGGAACCCGAGCUGGACUUCGAGGCGGCCGCCGUGCUGCGGCGCCUCGUCAACAACUCGCGCGCCACCGCCGUCGCCCUCGCCCAGGACACCCCCACCCUCGACAAGCUGCUGACCGCCGCCAAGCAGACCAAGACGGGCUUCGAGGUCGGCCGCCUGCUCAUCGCCAUCUGCCGCAGGCUGAGCGAGCGCCAGUCAGACGAGCAAGCGGCGGCGGCGGCGGCGGCGGCGGCAGACUCGACGGACCGGUGCUGGACGAGCCUCCUGGCCCACGACGAGCUGCUGCGCCCGCUCGUGCUGAUGGUCCGCCAGGAACAGGUCCCCGCGCUCGCCUCGGAGGCGUGGUUCGGGCUCGGACUCGUCGUCGCGUCGUCGCCGGCGGGCGCGCGCAAGGUGGUGGACGCGUUCGAGGACGAGGACAACUGGAAUGCCCUCAGGGCCGCGGUGACGACGGGGGACGCGGGGGGCGCCGACCGCAAGAACGUCGUGACGACGGUGAACGUGGUGGCGCAGUCGUUGGAGGAGGGCGCGGAGAAGCAGCGGUGGGUGGAAUUGGCCAAGGAGUGUUGGCAGGACGCGUCGUCGGCGCCGGCUAUCACGCAGUGA